AUGUUACAAUGCACAAUUCCUCCUCAUAAAGGAACCAAAAAGAUUAAUAUUCAUAGAGCAGUUACUGAAUGGCUUGUCAUUGAUAAUUGUCUGCUUGAUACAAUUAAAAGGGAGGGUUUCUGUCGUUUUAUGCUUCAGGUUAAUCCCGCUUUUCGUCGACCUUCCUAUAAAGUAUUAAGAAAAAAUAUAUCAUUUGCAAAUACAAAUGCAAAGAAACAAAUAUAUAAUCUUUUAAAUGAAACUUGUGAAAAUGUUUCAUUAACUACAGAUCUUUGGACCUC